GAGCACUCGACACUGUUUGCCGAGCCACUUUCACGACGAUCAUUUCCAAUUAUAUCACAGCCGGUUGGUAGCUGGCUUCGCGUCAUCGUUAGUGCUUAUACUCCUCGAGUACAUGACCUUCUUGUCCGGACUAACUAUGUUCUCCCUUACCGUCUGUCUUAUAUCGAUCGCGGGGCACGGCGCGGCGUCCAUAGCCCUCACUUAUUUCGUGGUGGGCGGUUGGCUCUGUGACUGGUACUGGCCAGUUUUUACUCUCUGCAGCAUCCUGCCAUCGACAUUCGACUUGGCCACAGCUAUAACUACUAUGUGUGCUAUUAAGUGGUGAAAGUGUGAACUUUAAUUAGUGUGUGUUUAGGAUUUUUUGUGAUUAAAAUGAAGCUGAAGGAUUUUAUUAAUUUGUUUAUAACCACCGAGCACCAGCAUCUGACUACUUCGCACGACUACAAGGGGGGAUGGUCCUUCUACUUGGUCCUAGCUGGGAUAGUGACAACGCUGGGUUCCUCGCUGCCUGUCGGAUACAAUAUUGGAGUUGUUAAUACACCUGCUGACGUGAUAAAAAGUUUUUGCAACGAAAGUUUUGUAACCAGGUACGACGUGGUCCUCGACGAAAAAUGGCUGAACGUGCUCUGGUCGUUCGUGGUCUCCAUCUUCAUAGUCGGAGGCUGCACCGGCUCCAUACUCGGCGCUGUACUUGCAAACAGCUUGGGAAGAAAAAUGGCGACGGUAGUAACGAGCGUGCUAUCAAUCGCCGGCGGGCUGCUGUUCCUGCUGUGCCAAAAAGCUAACUCAGUCGAAAUGCUUAUAUUAGGCAGAUUACUAGUCGGUUUAUCUGGUGGUCUAACCACCAGCAUAGUGCCCAUGUACCUGACGGAGCUGGCCCCCGCGGCGCUGACCGGGGCCAUGGGGGUUGCGUGCCCUAUGGGGGUCAACGUCGGGGUCCUAGUCGGACAAGUCAUGGGGUUAGAUUUUAUAUUAGGUCGCGCCGAAGAUUGGCCCUACCUUCUGUCCGUCUACGCGUUGCUAGUCAUUAUAUGUUUACCGUUGUUAUUUAUACUGCCAGAAAGUCCAAAGUACUUAUUUGUAGUUAAGCAAAAUGAGGAGAGAGCUGUAAAAGAACUGAGUCGUCUCCGCGGCGUGUCCCCGAGCGUCCUGAGCGAGGACGUGGAGGUGCUCCGCUCGGAGUCCGGCGGGCCGCAGUGCGCGGGCGGCGCCUGGUCCAUGGCGCGCGCGCUCACCGACCCGCGCCUGCGCCUGCCGCUACUGCUCGUCUGCAGCAUGCAGGCCGGCCAGCAGACCAGUGGGAUCAAUGCGGUGUUCUACUACUCGCAGACGAUAUUCAAGCAGGCCGGUCUAAGCGUCCAGAGCUCCCAGUACGCUACAAUAGGGUGCGGGUUCAUCAACGUGUGCACGGCCGUGUUGAUGCUGAAGUUGUUGCCUCGGUUCGGGCGGCGGCCAUUGUUGUUGGCGUCCGUCUUCACUGCCGCCGCCAUACUGGCCGCGCUCGCUGCUUGUAUGAGGUUUAUGCACGCAGUGUCAUGGAUGCCGUACGUGUGUAUGGUAGCGGUGCUGUCGUAUGUUCUAGUCUACGGGUUCGGGCUCGGACCCAUUCCUUACUUUAUCGCCUCGGAGAUAUUCGAGGUGGGUCCCCGCCCUGCGGGUAUGGCGUGGGGCUCGCUAGCUAACUGGGGCGGCAACUUCCUCGUGGGCAUGUCAUUCCCCUCCAUGAGGGAGUCCAUCGGACCUUACUCCUUCCUCGUCUUCUCCGGCGUCACUGCUGCACUCUUUGUCUUCCAGAAAAUGUACUUCCCCGAGACUCGAGGUAAGACGCCAACACAGGUGACACAGCUGUGCAGUCGCGGCUUACAGUCCAAGCCACUGCUCGCGUCAGACCUCUCCAGUGUAUGACGUCAUAAGUCAUGUCAACACUAGUUUAUGUCUAUACACGAAUGAUACGUAAGUGACUGCCAUGUUUGUUUAUGUACGGAGAAAUGAGAAUAUAGAAUGGAAGCUAUCGUUCUUUUGCAUACCAGGGUGAUCAAUCUCAAUGUCAAUCCAAUAAAAUCUCAAUAAUUAUUCAAUGUCAAAACUAUAAACUAUAGUAGCUGUUAAAAUA